UUCCUUUAAAUCCCACAGCAUAAGAUCGAUCAAUAACUAAUGCCAGUCACGAUUACCGUCGUCUUAUCUCUCGUGGCUGUUUCUGCGCCCCGGUUUUCUCCGCCACCUUUGCGACGGACUUUGUCGCCUCCUGUCUCCCUCUGUAGACAAGUGGAGACGUCGACGCACUCGGGGGGUUCGGGAGGGGAGACCUCGAAAAGGAAGGAUUUGGGUUGGGUGGAGGGACAGAAGGGAGUUUGGAGUUAGGAACGUGUGGAGAAGCGAAAGAGGAGAGCUCCGGGAGGGUGUCUGCGGCUGGCGGUAAUGCUGGAAGCUCACGUGGAGGAUUUAAUACGUCGGGGCGGGGAAGACCAAACCCCACCGAGUUUCUUGAUGCUUGGGCUCCGCUCCUAUUAAAAAUCCCACCUUUUGAGAGGAGAGAAGCAGACACAGCUUUUUUCUUCUUGUUCUUCUCGCUUUCGUGAAAGGGCCAGGAUACAGAGGGAGCAAAAUGGCAGAAGAGUGGUGCUUAUUGAAUAAGGACACACUCGUUAUAAAGCCACUGAAGAAAUCACACCUUGCGUUGAGAAUGUUUGUCUUAGCCGCUGUUAUGAUUUGUGGCGUUUAUAUUUUCUCGGUAUGCCUAAAGCAAAUAGGGAGUCAAAGCAUGCCUAGAUUUGUGAAGUUUGAACUAACAGAAGAGCCUUGUAGCAGUGUUGGUGUUCCGCCAUCAGAAGCUUCAUAUUUGCACUACCCAAAACCCACAACGUAUAGCAGGGAGGAGUGUGCAUGUACACCGGUUCGAAAGUUUGCUAUUUUGUCGAUGCAGAGGUCUGGUAGUGGGUGGUUCGAGACUCUCUUAAAUAGCCAUGUUAAUAUUAGCUCUAAUGGGGAGAUCUUCUCGAUCAAAGAACGGAGGAAUAACAUGUCAUCUAUCAUAAGGACACUAGACAAAGUAUACAAUCUGGAUUGGUACAGUAGUGCUUCUAAAAAUGAAUGCACCGCUGCUGUCGGAUUCAAGUGGAUGCUUAAUCAGGGUCUUAUGGCCAAUCAUGAUGAAAUAGUCAAAUACUUCAAUGAAAGAGGUGUAUAUGCAAUACUCCUGUUCAGAAGAAAUCUACUUCGUCGUUUGGUUUCACAACUUGCGAAUGAUCAUGAUCGCAGAACAAAGCAACUGAAUGGCAAACAUCGAGCACAUGUGCACUCGGAAUAUGAGGCUAAUGUGCUUGCAAAAUACAAACCCACACUCAAUGCUACGGAAUUGAUGUCCAGCCUUAAGACGGCUAAUGAGUGUGUUACAAAUGCUCUGGAUUACUUCAACAGCACCCGGCACAUUGUUUUGUACUAUGAGGAUCUCAUUUUAAACCACACUAAGCUGGUUGAUGUUCUUAAAUUCCUCGGAGUGCCCCAGAGACUCAUGGUUAGCCGUCAUGUUAAGAUACACAAAAAACCACUAUCCAAGCAGGUCGAGAACUGGGAGGAUGUUUACAAUGCCAUUAAGGGAACCGAGUACCAGAGUUUUUUGAAUGCAGACUAUAAACUAUAGAUUACGAAGAAUGAUCCCAGUUGGUACGAGUUGAUUGCAUCCGUGUUUCUUCCAAGCUUACAACAAGCUUUUCCAGUGAAUUGCCAUCUCAGGGCACAAGCAAGCUGCGGUGGCAGGGGAGCUUUCGUCUUCUUGGUACUUGCGGAGUUUUCAUAGAGGGUUUUUUCAAGAUUUCCCAUCCCAACAAGGGAUGCAAGAUGAGAUGAUGAUGAUGCUAGGGAAUUGGCUGAAGAGUGUCGGUUUAUCUAUGUAUAUGAAGGUCUUUUCUUUGCCUGCUCAGUCUGUUUAUCCUCCUCAAAGCAUGCUUGGGAAGGUGAGGUUAUUGGAGUGUCAUCAACCUGCUGCUGAGAGUUUUCCUUAUAAUCUGCAUUAACCGAUGAACUUUGAACUGUUCAUAUUGUGAUGGUCUGUGCGACCUGAAGAACUCUUGUAGGAAAUGACCAACACAGUUUUCUGUUACAAGCACUUACGAUUUUGCACA